UAAAUCGAGCAAAGCGACCUGAAAGGAAUAUUAAUGGUUUUGGAAAUGUACCUUGGAGUGAUGCAGAUGGAGCCGAAGCUAGAAAAAAUGAAAAAAGAAAUCAGAUCAUGCAUGAUAUUUUCUCUCCUGGACCCUCAGCUCAAAAUGUUGUGACACCAGCAGCCUUGGAUCCAAGGGCUCAGAUUCCCAAAAGAAAAAUAAUAGCCUACGAUGAUUUAUGA